AUGAUGGUUGUCGGGAAACGGUACUAUGGUGAAGAUGUUGGAGAUGCUGAAGAGGCCAAGAACUUGCGGGAGGUUAUUAGGGACGCUGUGGACAUAUCCGGAUCAACGAAUAUGGGAGACUUUUUGCCAGUUUUACAGUGGAUUGAUUUAGGUGUGGAGAAGAAGAUGGUAGGGUUGAUGGCAAAGUUGGACAAAUUCUUGCAGGGCUUAGUUAACGAGCGUCGAGUAAUUUUGUCAUCAACGAAUUGUUCAUCUGAUGAAAAAGGGGUUAAGAAGUUGAUGAUUGAUAACUCAUUGUCAAUGCAAGAGACACAGCCCCAAGUCUACUCAGACUGA